GCCGCGGCCAUUGAUCGAUUCAGGGGCUUGCAGUCAAGGGGGCAGCCCAAAAACUCACCAUGAACACCCUCCCCGACGACCUUCUGUGUCGCUGCCUCGCGCGCGUACCGCUGGCCGAUCGCGUACCUGCGGAGCGCGUCUGUAAGGGCUGGUACGAGGCCUUCGCCUCACGUGCGUACACGGUCGCGCGCCGCGCGUGCGCCGAGCCCGCGUGGCUCGUGAAGGGAGGUCGGGAAGGAGCGACCGGUGGAGUAUUGGAUAAAUGCCAUAUGCUCGACAGCUCGCUUCGAAAAGUGGCCGAGCUGGCACCGCGCCUCUCAUACAGUACGGGCUCCGCCGUGAUACCCGGUCUCGGCGUCUUAGUGAUGGGAGGCUAUGGCGGGGCCUAUCAACCUACAGCCACGGGCUGGGUGCUCGACCUGCAAGCGGGGUCAACGUGGCGACAUUGGGCCGACCUGCCGGCGCCCUGUGGGAGGCCGUCCCUUUGUGCUCUGGGCGAAUCGAUUUAUGUGGAUUGCUGCUAUAACAUGCAUAGCGAUGACGCCCAGAGUGAAUUAUUGCGAUAUGACAAGCAGGGAAACCUGCUAGAGACAAUCCAGAAGCCCGACGCCAUUCGUCGGCCCCUUGGUGAUGCUCCUGUCCUGUGCGCAAUUAAUGGUCGUCUGUUCGUAAUGACUCAAGUUGAUGCGGAUCUUCCAAGUUAUCGCAUGGAUAGUUAUGAUCCUGCCACUGGCGCGUGGCAGCGUAUGCCUGAUCCUCUGCUCCAAGCCUACGGGUUGAAUGCUGGAGCUGCAGCGCACGCUGGAAAGCUUUAUAGCAUUGGUGGCCUUGUCUAUACAGAUACGAUGGUCAGACAGGAUAUAGCUGACGUGCGGGUGUUCGACGGCCAGGAGUGGUCGACUGGACCGCCCCUCCCUACUCCUGAGUACUGCGACGUCGUGGUCUCUGCCGGGGACCGCAUCUUUGCCGUGGUCGAUAACUUCAGAAGGGCGUACGUGCUGCACGACGGCACGUGGCACUCCCACUCUUGUGAAGAGACGGAACUCAUAGCUUUCCCCUUUGUAGUCCCUAUCGGAUCUGCGGUCGCGGGCCACAUCGCCUAACGUGAGACUUGGUUAUGUA